UUGCAGUUUCACAACUCUUUUAAGUCAGGCGCUCGUUUCUAUCCCCGUCGUUAUCUCCGUCUCUCGCUCUCUCGAUCUCUCGAUCUCGAGUCUCGACCAAUUUGGCACCCAUUUUGGGAGCAAGCCCCAAUCGGAAGAAACGCCAUGUGAUGCUCUAUAGAUUUCUAAUAAAUCAUCAAUCCUCAGAUAUAUGUGAGAUUUUCUACAAGCCCUUUGUAUUCCCUAGCAUCUGAUAAAGGCCAAGGGAAAAAUGGGUGGUGGGAAGGACAAGCAUGAUGAUCCAAAUGAAAAAGGGCUUUUUUCAAACCUAGCUCAUGGUUUUGCUGGAUAUGGACACUACCCCCCACUAUCUGGGGCAUAUCCUCCACAAGGUUACCCUCCUCAAGGUUACCCACCCCAAGGAUACCCUCCCCAAGGUUAUCCUCAGCAAGGUUACCCUCCACAUGGUUACCCACCAGCAGGAUAUCCCCCACAAGGCUACCCACCAGCAGGAUAUCCUCCUCCAGGCGCAUACCCACCAGGGGGAUAUCCUCAUCAUGGUCCGUCUGCUCCACAUUAUCCAGGGCAUGGAUCUGGAUCUGGAGGUGGAAUGGGGGCAUUGCUGGCUGGUGGUGCUGCUGCCGCUGCUGCUGCUUAUGGAGCACACCAUAUGUCACACGGUGCUCAUCAUCUUGGUCAUGGAGGCUUUAUGGGAGGACAUGGCAAGCAUGGAAAAUUCAAGCAUGGCAAGUUUAAGCAUGGAAAAUUUGGGAAGAGAUUUGGCCAUGGGAAGCAUGGGAUGUUUGGUGGAAAGUUCAAGAAGUGGAAGUAAAUCUUGCUUUUCUGAAAGACCAACUUUACUAGUAUGCUGGAAUGAUGAUUAUACUUCUUUUUUCUUUUUCUUUCCAUCCACAAUCCUGUUGGUGUGGGUUUAAUUACUUUUGACAUAUAUAUGGGCCUUGGUGCUUUCUAUGGUCCCUAAGUAAAUGAAUGAACUUACAUGUCCUUUCUGA